UAGCUUCUCUCUCUCUCUCUCUCAACUGUAAAAAAGUUUGGGUAGAAAAGUAGAAGAAACAAAAAAUGGUAGGGCGUGUAUGUGAAAUGUGGAGAGAAAUGAAGGGUAUAACGGCAAUGGUGGUGGUUCAGAUAGCAACCGCAGGGUUGAACAUAUUGUUCAAGCUUGUAGUGGAAGAUGGUAUGGAACCAAGAGUUCUCGUGGCCUAUCGUCUCUUCUUCGCUACACUUUUCAUGCUUCCCCUUUCCUUCAUCUUUCAAAGGAAGAAGAGGCCAGAGUUCACAUGGAGUCUAUUCUUACUAGCAUUUCUCUCGGGGUUACUCGGUGCGGUUAUACCAAGUAUUCUGACCAUUACGGGUCUGGCUCUGACAUCAGCAACAUUCACCUCGGCUGCUGCCGUUCUCAGCCCCUUGAUCACUUUCAUAUUGGCUGCAUUUCUUAGGAUGGAGAGUGUACGGUUUGGAUCGAGCGAAGGGAAGGCUAAGGUUUUUGGAACUCUGUUUGGCGUUGGUGGAGCUCUUGUCUUCAUAUUCUACAGAGGAAAAGAUAUCCAUCUAUGGUCAACUCACGUUGACCUAGUGAAACAACCACGGGACUCCUCACGUGAUGCUACCAAUCAUCACAUCUCUAUCCUUGGGGCUCUUCUUAUUUUUGGUGGUAACUUGUCCUAUUCACUUUGGCUAUUAUUGCAGGUUAAAGUAAGCAAACGAUUUGGAGGGCCUUAUUGGAACGCAACGCUAAUGAACAUGAUGGGAAGUAUAGUGGCUGUGCUAGUAGCUCUUUGCUGGAACAUCGAUUUGAAGGAAUGGAAGCUAGGAUGGAAUAUCAGGCUCUUAACCAUUGCUUAUGCGGCAAUUGUGAUUUCCGGGAUGGUGGUAGCUGUCAACGCAUGGUGCGUCGAGUCUAGAGGGCCGUUAUUUGUAUCGGUAUUUAGCCCUGUAGGACUUGUGAUCGUAGCCCUUGUCGGAUCAUUUGUUCUAGAUGAAACACUUCAUAUUGGGAGCAUAAUUGGUACAGUGGUUAUCGUGGGAGGAUUAUACCUUGUGCUAUGGGGUAAAAACAAGGAAAUGAAGAUUAUCACUACGACCUCGGAUUUUAUUGAACCAAAUAAGACUAGCAAAGACAUCACACUCAACAAUCUCCCCACUUUAAGUAGUGCAAGUGUCCCUUGAAUCCAUAUUCAAAUCAACCAUUAAUUACUUUUUAUAUAUCUUCUAGCUAUUAACUAAUUAUCUAUAUAUUAACUAAUUAUUUAUGUAAGCUAAAAUAAACGAUUUAUGGAGUAUUAUAUGGAUUAUUUAUCUAUAGUAGCUAGGACGACGAUUUCUUUAGCCUUGUAUGUAGGUUAUGAUGUGCCUUCGUGUUCGUGACUACCACAUAAAAA